AUGAAGCUGAAGAUGCUUAUAUUAAAAAAAUUAGAAAAACUUUUAGGUAUUAAACUCUCAAGAAAAACUUAUUUACGUGGUUUUAUUAAUGAUGGAUUGGAUUAUUUACUUGAUUUUUGUGAUAAAGAUCGAAGAAAACAAAUUAUGCUUACAAAAGAUGAUGGAGAAGCAAAUGUUUGGUAUAAUGAACAAGAUGAAGAUCAACAAUGAAGUUUUCAUUUUCUUGGAUCUUUUCUUCAUGAGUUUGGUCAAGGUGAUCAAAGUGUUGAAGAUGCUAUGAAUAAAGCAUAUGGACAAACAUUAAAACGUUUUCAUGGAUGGAUUACACGAGGAGUUUUUUCGAUUGCACUUCGUUCAGUUCCUUACAAAGAAGAUUUUCUUUUAUCACUUGCUAUUGAUCCGAAUGAUGUUCGAGAAGUUCUUUUUGAACAACAGAUAUUGAAUGAAAUACUUGAACAUGGUUUAAAUAUAAAUAUUGUUGUAAAUAAAAUAACAGAAUUUUAUAUUGAACAUGAACUUGAAUCAGAAGAAAUUAUUGGAUGA